CAUUAACGUGUCAGAAACCAAAAGGCUAAAUAAAUGCAUCAUCCCUCAACCGCUAUCAGAUUUAAGGGAAAGCGGCUGAAGUAGAAUUAUCUGUAGUCUAGUGAAAGUUUUGGAAACUAGCCCAGCAGACACACAAACUUCCAUAAUAAUUUUAAAGGUUUAUAUAUGGGUUCUUUAAAGUUGAUUUGGUAGAAAAGAAGAAUGGCCUACGAUUUUAAAGAAGAAAAAGAUGUUAAAGAAUUUUUGGAAAAUCUAGGGAUAGAAUAUAGGUUCGGUUGUUAUCAUGAGAAAAAACCAGAAGUGUGUCAUUUACUGGGAGAUUAUUUGGAAAGCAUAAAAAAGGACUAUGAAAAGGCAGGAAAGGUAUACAAAACAAACUGUGAGGACUACAGUUUCCCGAGGAGUUGCUACAAAAUCGGUAACUACACAGUGAUUGGAAAAGGCAAGCAAAAGGAAGAUCAUGGACUUGCCUUUGACUAUUACCUCAAAGGCUGCAACCUUGGGGAAGCAGAUGCAUGUCUGAAUGCAGGACUGCUGCUGACAUCAAAAAACACAAAUGUGCAAAUCGAAAAAAAACAUGCUCAGGGAGUGGCACUGCUGGAGAGGGGGUGCAGCUUGAACCACGCCUACUGCUGUCACUUUGUGAGCGGCAUUUUCAUCAGCGGCAUAGAGGAGGCCAGCAUCAGCAAGAACAUGGAGAAGGCGUUCAAGUACGGGCAGAAGGCGUGCGAGCUGGGCAACAUGUACGCCUGCGCCAACGUCAGUCAGAUGUACAUGCGGGGCGAAGGGACGGCCAAGAACCUCGAGUUGGGCGAGAAGUUCAAGAAGCUGGCCAUCGAGAUGCGUGACGAGAUCGUCAAAAAGAAACCGACGUUGACCUUCCAACAAGGGACCAAGCCUGUCUAGUUACGGUCUUGUAGUCGUUAACCACCGUUUCGUAAUAAAAGUGUUACUCGUUUUA